AUGUCGGCGGGUAUCGCCGAUCGCCUCCUCUGUUUUCUCUACUUUUUUCCCCCCUCCUUUCUAGUAGAUCUGGAUAUGGAUCUUGUUGUUGAUGAUGAUAAUGGAACAGAUUGCAAGACGAGGCCUGCUGCUUUGACGUUCAAUCGGUGUAACAACCUUCAGCUAAGUGGAUUGAGGCAUGUCGAUAGCGCAAAUAACCACAUUUCGAUUACCAACUGCGCAGUUGUCACCAUCUCAAACAUUCAUAUAACUGCACCUGAAACUAGCCCUAACACCGAUGGCAUUGACAUCAGCAAUUCGAACCGUAUUGUGAUUCAUGAUUCUUACAUUGGAACAGGUGAUGACUGCAUUGCUAUGAUUAAUGGCUGCAAAUUUAUCAACAUUACUGGCGUAAAUUGCGGUCCAGGCCAUGGAAUAAGCAUUGGAAGCUUGGGAAAAAAUGGAAGUAGAGCUACAGUGGAAGAACUACAUGUGAAGAACUGUACCUUUAAUGGAACUCAAAAUGGGGCAAGGAUCAAGACAUGGCAAGGCGGAUCCGGAUAUGCUAAGACAAUUUCUUUUGUUGACAUUAUACUUAUUGAAACGGGCAACCCUAUAUUGAUUGACCAGUAUUAUUGUCCACACGACACUUGCAAAGAUCAAACAUCGGCAGUAGGAAUAAGCAAUGUGUCAUUUACUGGAUUUCGUGGAACAACUAAUACAAUAGAUGCAAUCCAACUCAACUGCAGUAAAAACGUACCUUGUACCGACAUUGAAUUGAAUCAGAUCAACAUAAUGCCAGCGCCUGAUAUGAAGCCGGGAACAAUUCUUCAAUCCACUUGCAUUAAUGCCCAUGGAACAUCUAACACAUCCAAUAACCCUAAAGUGACUUGUUUAAUUCAGUAG